ACCAGUUUACGUGUGGUAACGCUGUGCUCAACAUCUAUCGCAAUCGCUAGCGAGAUUAGAUCAGAAAAUUCCGAUAUGUUGGUAAUCGCCAAAUACACUCUUCCGAUCUCGUCGACUCUGUCUUUUGAUUUCUCUGGGUGGUUACGAAUUAUAUUAGGUGUUACUGGUAGAAGCGUUGUCAAACACUGAAUACCUGUGUCAUUAAUCAUUCGUGAGCCCGACGUGAUCUGGUACACCGAAUUGCAACUGUGAGUCUGUUCCUUUUUGGGAAUUUUUUUUAUAUAUUAUUGCCUUAAUUUUUAUUUUUCUAAACAUUGUGAUAUUUUCCCCCUGUGUUUCAGGAUAUCUAUAUAUUUUUCCCUUGUAUUCUCGUACUUAAUAUUCCCCUAUGACUGAGCAGACUCCUAAGGUAUUUAAGAUUAAGACCAUAUCCCCACCUUCGUUCCAAGGGGUGGGAAGACAAAACUCAUGAUACCGAAUAGGGAAACACGUAAGAUUGAACCCAACUGCUCUAUAGGUAUCCCAAGAACAGUGAACAGGUUCUCCCCGCUGCUAUCGUAUAACUUGCCUUCAACACCUCCAAGUUGCAAAAAGGGUGGUGGGCUUCAACGUAGCAAGCCUUCUUACACGCAGACUAACGAAAACUACCAGAGAACUGGCCACCCAAAUCACCCCUUGAAGCCUAAAACCAUAAAUAAGAAUGGUAAUAAUAGGUUUCUCACUCCACACCCUACCUACAUUCCCCAGGAUCGCAACUGUAAUUACUCUCAGAAAGAAAACUUCUCACACCCUUUAGUACCGACCCAUCACAUAACAACGGCUCCCAUGUAUAACAACAGUCGCAACUCCUCCCAGUUACGCGUAGCAGACCCCUCUCACGCUAACGUAAAUAGCCAUAACAGGGGCUACGAGUCUAACCAUCAAGACUAUUUUGUAAAUAACCAUACACUUCACAGUAGGCCUGUACAAGAUUUUUUUGGAAUAAGACCCCUAGUGACACCUCUGUUGAAGCAUAUAGCCCAGGUUAUUUCAAACCACAUGCAAACCAUAAAUUUGUUUCCUCCGUACAGUUUCCAUCACAGAGUACUCCCACCCUUUCCUCCUGGGUAAACUCCCCAAUCAACUUCACUAGCUCAUUUGAUACAUCUCCCAAUAAGUCUAGCUAUCAAAAUACCGAGCUAAUGAAGAACAUCCAAUCCCUCACAUCAAACUCAUCUCACACCGCGAGGGUUACGACGACUUUAUCCGAGAUACCCUCACCCAUUUUAACUUAGUAGGCCACUUGCUUAAUAUAUGUCUUAUCAACGCUCGAUCGAUCUGCAACAAAAAGACGGAUUUAGCCCUGUUUGUAUCCAUAUAUCAACCAUCAGUUAUUAUGAUAUCUGAAGCAUGGACUAACAGUAAUAUUUCCGACCGAAGUAUAUCUCUUGAUAACUAUUCCCUAUAUAGAAGCGAUAGAUUGAAUGGACGAGGCGGAGGAUGCCUUAUUUACGCUCACUCUAGCCUAAACUCACUGCUAUGUGAUAUGCCUGAACUAAACAAACUGAAGGAUUCGGUGUGGAUUGUAUUAAAGCCGUCGAAUUCCGUUACCUUACUGCUCGGCUGUGUUUAUCGUCAACCUAACGCAUCAAUAGAUGAAAUAGCAGUAUUAUCGGAGGUAUUCACACUAGCAUCAUCCCUCUCAUUCACAGGCAAGCUCAUUUGUGGUGACUUCAAUAUGCCCGAAAUUUCUUGGCUGCCAGUCAAAGCGCCGAGACGUUAUGAAUCAUUUAUUGAAUGUCUAGAGCUUGGACAAUGGACUCAGUAUGUCGAUAGCCCUACCAGACAUCAAAACAUCUUAGACUUAGUCUUUACCAGUGGCCUCAUCCCCAAUACUUUGUAUAUUGGAAAAAAGUUCCCAGGUAGUGAUCAUAACAUUGUCAUAUGCAGCCUUAAUGUAAAAACCACAACCGAUAGAAGUAAAACCGUAACACUUCGUAGAAACUAUCGCAAGGUUGAUUGGAAUAACUUCCACAAUUACCUAAGAAGCACUGAUUGGAGAACUUUCUUUACCUCAAACAAUACCGACACAUUAACCAAUAUAUUUUAUCACAACAUCAAAAGUAUCAUCAACAACAUCGCACCUUUAGAAUACUGUAAACCUACGUUCUCCAAAGAUCUCUAUAUACCGGUCAGUACAAGAAGACGUCUUCAAAGACAUUGUACUCGAUUCCACAACUUAAAUGACUUUUCCUCUUUAGUAACGAUGACAGAAAUACUUGUCCGAACAGAGGCAAUAAGUAAACAAAAAGCAGUAGCACAGGAAAAACGUGCAGUUGAACUUAAUAAUAACUCCUCUGCACUCACCAUACUACUCCAAAAUAAACUUAAACGCUCUAAAUCGAGAGGGAGUAUAUUCAUUAAAGGCAAACAAGUAUACGAAGAUCCCAAACUUAUCACAGAAUUAUUUAGUGAACAUUUUUGUUUCUCACUAACUAACGAAAAACCAUUUAAUGAUUCAGAACCAAUCCCAGUAACUCCCUGUGAAAUUACUAAUGUAGAAUUCAGUGUACAAAAUAUCUCCAAGGCAAUCAGUACAUUGAAACACUCCUACACUGAUGGACCAGAUGGUAUUCCAUCUAGCAUGCUAAAACGUGGAGGUGAUGAUAUGUGUGUUUUGCUUCUCAAACUAUUCGCGAUAUCACUCUCUUCAGCGUGUUACCCUACUGCCUGGAAAACUACACAUAUCAUUCCCAAAAUUAAAACAGGACCUGAAGCAAACGUUGAAAAUUACCGGCCUAUAAACAUAACUUCAGUGGUAUCCAGAGUGAUGGAAAAAGUAGUUAAGGCGGCUGUAGUCCAACAUCUACUAACUAAUAAUCUCAUCUCGACCUCCCAGCAUGGAUUUCUUAGGUCCAGAUCAUGCGAUACAUGCCUAGUAGACUACCUGAAUGAUAUAACUCUGAAACGAGACAGCGGACUCCUUGUAUCAGUCCUAUUCCUAGACUUUAAGAAAGCCUUUGAUAAGGUCCCACACAAAAGGCUACUCGUCAAACUAAAGUCCUUCGGAAUACACAACCCACUGUACUCAUGGUUUGCUUCGUUCUUAACAGAACGUAAACAGAUGGUAAAGUACAAUGACUGUCUCUCGUCCCCUAGACCAAUCACCAGUGGAGUCAUCCAGGGAAGCGUAUUAGGUCCACUUUUGUUUCUUAUGUAUAUAAACGAUAUAUGUAACACCAUAGAAUUUGGGAAACCAUACUUAUAUGCUGAUGAUCUCAAAAUAGUAUACAGCUAUAAGCCUGAGACACUAAGCGAAAGUGUAUCCCAGAUCCAAAAGGACCUCAAUAACUUAACUAUAUGGAGUGAAAAAUGGCAAUUACCAUUUAACCUCAACAAGUGCGGGAUCAUGCACUUUGGAAAGCAUCCCUAUAAACCGCGACUUCACUUAAAUGAAUGUAGAGUCCAAACACUCGAAUCAGUACACGAUUUAGGAAUUAAUUACACAGGAAGCCUAAACUUUGAAGAACAUGCCUCCUCUAUUAUUUCUAAAUCUAGACGGCUAAUUGGUUUUAUAAUGAAAAACUUUUUCACAACAGAGGGUAAACUUACUCUCUACAAAAUAUGUGUACGACCCUCCCUUGAAUACUGCUCUUUUGUCUUCUCUAAUAUGAAUAUCGCAGACAAGAUAAGAGUAGAAGAUGUUCAAAGACGUUUCACACGUCAACUACUAGGAUGUAACUCGAAUCUCGAUUACACAGACAGAUGUAAGCAUCUAUCUUUAGAACCUUUAUGGCACCGUAGGCUAAAAAACAAUUUAAUAUUUCUCUACAAAGCGAUAUAUGGGCUCUCCUUUCUAACCUCCUGCCCGACUAUCACCCACGACCCAGCCUAUAGACUUAGAAACAACGCAUAUACACUACUUACCGUAAAACACCAAAAACAAAUGCGUUGUAAGUUUUUUACAGUACGGUACAGUUUAUUGUGGAACAGGCUGCCAAUGCCUAUCCGUAACUGUGAUACGUUUACCAGAUUCAAAAAGCUAAUAACCCUAUUUCUAGACUCCAAAGAGCUUCAACAUUUCCUUGAACUCCCGCCCACCAAUGAGGCACUUUAUUACGGACCGCCUAGUAUCUAGAAAGAACAAAAUUAUAACAAGUUCGACUGUUACUAAUAUGAAUAUAACCAAAUCACAGAAUAUAUGGCUUAUCCUUUCCUAUUAUUCAUUGUUUAUUAAUCAUGACUUCAUGCUCCUAACCCUAGCUUUCAGUCCCCAAAUCUCUACAGGUUAAAUGUACAUUAUUCUUCCUAAAAGUCAUGCUUUUUUUUCUACUGCAAGUAGACAGAUAGCUCAAUCUUAUGGAUGCUGAUCUACUAAGGCCGAUCAUACAAAGCUCAAAAUUUGGCCACAAAGUCUUCCCCCUUGAGAUAUGGAACGGGUGACUUCAUCCUGCACCAUUUUUAAAGCCUUGGAUAUUCCAAAGGGACAUAAGGUUGCGAUUUUUAGAAGCUCAUACCUUCAAUGGACCUAUCCUUGACCAUCAGUCGCACAUUUGCAACGCAACUUUCAUGAAGCGCGCCAACUGUGGUACUGAUUAAAACCAUCUACAUUCAUAUCUUAUAAAUUAUCAACCCAGCUAUGUAAUUUACUACAGUGUAUAUUGUGUCAUUUGUAUCAAUUUGAUCUUGCCUGUAAACUGGCAUGCCUCAUGUAACAAACUGUUAUUUGAGAAUAAAUCAUUAUUAUUAUUAUUA